UUGAUUCCUGCAGCUAUUUCCGCGUUGUUAGCAUGUUAGCAUCGAGCUACCUGCUCUCUGGAAGUUGAGUCCAGUGAUUCAAACCGACCACUGUCUCCACACGGGCGUUUCUUCGACUAAAGGAGAAAAGCCUUCAGCAUUUUUGGGGCAGAAAGUGAUGUCAGAUCUGGUCCAGGAUUGUUGAACGGUUAAUGCACAGAGUAAAGAGGCUGAAAACCGAAGACAAAACAGAAGACGGCCAGGAAAGCGUCCACAGAGAGUCAGUGGCAGGCAUGAUGGGGGUGGACGAGCUCUCAGACAGCACAGAGGUGGUGGAGAUGGAGGACGUGAAUUCCACCCGGUUCCAGGUGGAGAAGCAUUCAUGGGAUGGUCUGCGGAAGAUCAUCCACAACAGCCGCAAGAACACAGGCGUGGUCAUCAGCAAGGCACCACACGACUUCCAGUUCGUCCAGAAGGACGAGGCCAGUCCGCAUUCCCACCGGAUCUACUACCUCGGAAUGCCUUACGCCAGCAGGGACAAUGCAUUACUCUACUCAGACAUUCCCAAGAAAGUCCGCAAAGAUGCUCUGUUGGUUUUGUCAUGGAAACAGCUGCUGAAUCACUUCAAGGCUAGCCCUCACCGCGGGGGUUUCUCACGGGAGGAGGAGCUGCUGCGGGAGAGGAAGCGUUUGGGGGUGUCUGGCAUCACCUCCUAUGAUUACCACCGUCCCAGUGGACUCUUCCUGUUCCAGGCCAACAGCAGCCUGUACUACUGCAGCGAUGGUGGAAACAACAGCUUCAUUACUUCUCCUAUCAACUCUCCUGUUGAGAUUAAGAGUCAGUGUUCAGGCACGCGGAUGGACCCCAAGAUCUGCCCCGGGGACCCCGACUUUAUCGGCUUCAUCAACAACAACGACAUCUGGGUGACCAGCAUUCAGACGGGUGAAGAGAAGAGGCUCACCUUCUGCCGUAAAGGCAUUGAUAACCCAAAAGAGGACACCAAAUCUGCUGGUGUAGCCACUUUUGUCACACAGGAGGAGUUUGACCGCUUCACUGGAUACUGGUGGUCACCAGCUGCUCGUGAAGAAUCAGAGGGUGGUAAGACUGUGCAGAUUCUGUACGAGGAGGUGGACGAGGCCGAGGUCGAGAUCAUCCAUGUCCCGUCUCCGGCUUUGGAGGAGCGCAAGACUGAUGUCUAUAGAUACCCACGCGCAGGCAGCAAGAAUCCUGAUAUUACUCUCAAAAUAGCAGAAAUUAGGACAGACAAUCUCGGCAAAAUUGUCAGCACACAGGAAAAGGAAUUGCCUGUUCCCUUCACCAGCCUCUUCCCUGGUGCUGAAUAUAUCACCAGAGCUGGAUGGACAAAAGACGGCAGAUAUGCAUGGGUGGUCAUGAUGGACCGACGGCAGCAAAAUCUCCAGUUGGUCCUGCUGCCUCCAGCACUCUUCAUCCCAGCCAAUCAGGAUGAAGCGAGCAGGCAAGCCAGCCUGGAGGCCCUCGGAGACACCGUACAACCCUUUAUCAUCUACCAGGAGACCAGUGACAUCUGGAUCAAUGUCCACGACAUCUUUCACCCGUUCAUCCAAACCAGUGAUGACGAGAUCACAUUCAUAACAGUAAAUGAAUCAAAAACAGGUUUCUGCCACCUCUAUAAGAUCACCUCGCUGUUACAGCGGGGCAGCUACAACUGGGCCAAAGGCUACACACACUCUGAAGAUGAUUUCAAGUGUCCGGUCAAAGAGGAGGUGACAGUAACCAGCGGGGAGUGGGAGGUGCUGGCCAAUCAUGGAGCAAAGCGUUCGUCCAGUCCUCAGAUUUGGGUAGACGAGGCAGCAAAGCUGGUUUACUUCCAGGGAACCAAAGACUCUCCACUGGAGCAUCAUCUCUACGUGGUGAGCUACGAGUCACCGGGUGAAAUCGUCCGACUCACCAAACCCGGCUUCUCUCACAGCUGCUCUGUGAGCCAGACGUUUGACAUGUUUGUCAGCCAUUACAGCAGUUUGACCACAGCACCAUGUGUACACAUCUACAAGCUGAACGGCUCCGACAGCGACCCGCUGCACAAAGAGCCUGAGUUCUGGGCGAGCAUGAUGGAGUCUUCUAGUUUCCCAUUCGAGCAAAGUCCUCCAGAGAUCUUCAGUUUCACAGGGAAGUCGGGCUUCGAGUUGUACGGCAUGUUGUACAAACCACACAAUUUGGUCCCCGGCAGGAAGCAUCCCACCGUUGUCUUUGUCUACGGUGGUCCGCAGGUCCAGUUAGUGAAUAACUCUUAUAAAGGAGUGAAGUACCUGAGGCUGACCACGCUGGCGGCUCUGGGCUACGCUGUGCUGGUCAUCGAUGGGCGGGGCUCCUGUCAGCGGGGACUCAGGUUUGAAGGAGCCGUGAAAGACAAAAUGGGUCAGGUGGAGAUUGAAGACCAGGUGGAGGGUCUGCACUACGUAGCCGACAAGUACAAGUUUGUGGACCUGAGUCGUGUUGCCAUCCAUGGCUGGUCGUAUGGAGGCUUCCUGUCCCUCAUGGGCCUCAUCCACAAACCUGACAUCUUCAAGGUUGCCAUUGCUGGAGCUCCGGUGACAUUGUGGAUGGCCUACGACACCGGCUACACCGAGCGAUAUUUGGACACACCUGAGAAAAACCAGAAGGGAUACGAGGCUUGUUCUGUUGCCCUGCAUGUCGACAAACUCCCCAAUGAGCCCAACAGGUUGUUGAUCCUUCAUGGGUUUCUAGAUGAGAACGUGCACUUUUUCCACACCAACUUCCUGGUGUCUCAACUCAUCCGUGCAGGAAAACCAUACAGCCUGCAGGUUUAUCCCAACGAGCGACACAGCAUCCGAUGUCCAGAGUCUGGAGAACAUUACGAGAUUACGCUGCUUCACUUCCUCCAGCAGAACCUCUGAUGAGCCUUCCUUCACACUGACCUCCACUUCCUCCUCGCUCUCUACCCUCCUCUCUCCUCCCCAUUCCUCCAUUUAUUUAAACGUGCAUCACUUUUCUCUUUCCCUCGAAUUUAUGAUUUGUUAAAUUCAAGCUAUGCCAAACCUUAUCACACCUCAAGAGUUGUCAGUCUUAAAGGUGCUGAAGCAUUUUCGUAUCCGUAAGUCACAAGAUGAAGUAGCGCUUUAAUUUGGUCUGCCUACAGAUAAUUUCUGGAGUAUUUCUACAACUUAUUAGUUGAGAUUCAAGAAUUCAGCUUGAUUAAUUAUGUUCAUGAAUAAAUUGUCACAUAUACUCUAUAGAUAUCGGCUAAACAUCUGCAGACAAAGUAUUAUCACCACAAAUGAGACCAUCACUGAGCGAAGUCUUGUAGUCUUUACACUGUAUUUCACAGUGGAGGGAAAUCUGCUGGAUUGCUUUAAGCCCUAAAACAAACUGAAGGCGCCGUUUGUCCAGAACGAACCGGGCUGAAGCUUUCCAGUGAUGGCAGAAAAAAACGUGACGAUGACACUUAUGUUUUGAAAUGCUGCUUGUCGCAACAUUAAACACCAAACCUGUCAGCAAUGCAAAAAGUGGACCGGCUGCACCCAGGAGAUAUUCCUCUCUUUUUUUUGUGCCAUUCCUAUUUUUUUUUAUUGAACUCUCACUUUCUUUUUCUGGGACCCAGCUGAUAUCAUUUAUGUGUGUCUGUGAACAAACACUGGAGUGAAAUUAGUAAAUGUAAAGCUCUAUAAGAGCAGACAAGCAAGCUCUUAGCCCCUUUUGUUGUAUACUCUCUUUGCUGUCUGUGUUGUCAUAGAUUACUUUUUAUGUGGUGUGUCACACAUAUAUCUAUAAUGGAAAAAAAAAAAACGUACAUGCCACAUUUUUAUUGUGUAUUAAAAAAUAUUUUUAUGGAUUCUUAUGCAUUCAUAAAUGGUGGAAAUAUGUAGCGACCUGUUGCUGUUUCACCCGCUUGCUUUAAUUUUCUGGGGAACUUCUUUUUCUUCUGCUGCUGAGGACUUUUGCACAUAUUACUUAUUUGCCUUGGUGCCAACAAACUGACCUAUAAGAUGAUUUGUGACACAACUGUUGGCGGUCUGAGGUGCCUUGUAAGAGUUUAAGAGCACGUGCUCAUAAAGCAUAUAUCAGGGAAUCUGUCUGAGGACCUAAGACAGUAAAAAGCCUUGUUACAUGUGUGUCUGAUGACCAUCGAGCUGUCAUGACCUUUUCAUGGUUACAUGUACUCUCAGAUAUCGUAGAAAUAAACAGAAGUGAACAAUCUUUUUCAAAUGAAA